AACGCGUGCUGUGUCGCGACACAGGUGAAGGCUGCGACAGUUCAUAACUCCACAGGCUUUAGCAUCUCUGUUCUUAACGUGGGGUUAAGGGCCUAAGGAUGUUAUUAGCAGCACAUUGAUGGAGAUGUCAGUCCUGUCCGCCAGUGAUGUAAGCAGCAUUUGAUCAAGAGGAUGAAGCUGUGUACUCGCAAUGAGGAUACGGAGACACGGUGUUGUAUUUAAUGCUGUUUGCAUGCCAUAUAUUCUACCUGCAAUUACCUGUACAGGUGAAUCACGAUGACAAGAUGAUACAGAUAUCGGAAUGGCGAUAAACUUACAAUUAACUGCAACAGCCCUGGCCGCGUUAGUCGCAUUGGUGGCUGUGACAUACAGGAAUGACUUUGACCCGUCCGAAGUACAGGGCAAGAGGGUUUUAGUGACCGAAGCUUCCACUGGCAUUGGAGAACAGAUGGCAUACCAUUUUGCCAAGAUGGGAGCAAUUCUUGUCCUGGUUGACGGCAGAGAGAAAGCAUUGAAAAAGGUACAAAAAGAAUGUAAGAAACUUUCUCCAAAUCCAUCACCAAACCACGUGUAUGUGGUGACAGAUAUGUCCAAGAUGGCGGACACAGAGAGGGUGGUUAAGUUUGCAGAAGAGCGGCUUGGUGGUUUAGACAUAUUAGUUCUGACACACGCCUUGAUAACUAUCUGUAACCCUUGGCUGGGGACCAAGGCCAAUCUUAGUAUCCUAGCAACGGGGAUGGAUAUAGGCUUCCGGUCACAUGUUCACCUGGCAUCGCACGCACUUCCCCUGCUGCUGAAGAGCCGCGGUCGAAUCGCUGUUGUUACCUCAAUGGCUGGUGCAAUGAACUCUCCCCAUAUGUCAGUGUACACCGCUUCAAAGAACGCUCUGGCGGGUUUCUUCAGCGUUCUACAGAAGGAUUUGAUGACAAAGAAAUCUGGGGUAUCUGUCACACUGUGCAGCAUCGGGGGAUCAACUACAGAAAUUGUCCUACAGCUCAUCCGAAGUCUUUUCUACGGCCACAGACAAGGAGAACUCCACCUAGAGGAUCCGCGCGUGGUUUCCAUGGAAAUCAUUCAAGCCACAAUGGCGCGAAAACAUGAAAUAUACACAAGCGUUGACACGUGGAGCUUGCUCGUGCCAGGCCCUCGCACAGAUUGUACCACCCAGAGGUUUAGACCUGCUGGCCCUGCCUGCAUUACUUAUUGCUCACUGCCGCCAUGACAUAAGAACAUGAACUUUACA